GGUUGGCUUCCCCGCCUCUUCCCGGGUCCCGCUGCGUCUGCUGCCCUGUCACCCACACCGAGACGAGGCAACAUGGGUCAUACACCGAAGUUUUAGGCGACGAAAAAGAUAACUACCUCACCAUUUUCAACUAAAUCCAGAAAGAAACUGACCAAACAUUGCCAAAGUCUGCUGUCAGGACAGUGGGAGAUCACAGGGGAAUUGGGUGAUGAGCUGUUUGAAGUGGUGCCCUGUUCUUGAGGAGGGCCUCGGCUGAUGAUGGCCUUAAAGUGGAAAAGGCAGAGAAGAAUCCAUCCAUAUGUGUCUGUUUGACUGGUUUCAUCAAGGGCCCUCUCCAGUUGCUGAAAGACUGUGAUGAUGUCAUUCUCCAUGGCCCUGCACCUCACCGCUGUUAUCCAACUCCUGGCGCUGGUGGCCAUAUGUGACCAGGUUACAGCUGAUCGUAUCAACUUCUACAACGUCAAACCACCUGUGGAAGCCACUCCAUUCCCUAAGAGCUUCAAGUGCUUCACCUGCGAGCAAGCUGCAGACAACUACAACUGUAACCGCUGGGCUGAGGACAAGUGGUGUCCACAGAAUACACAGUUCUGUAUGACAGUGCACCACUUCACCAGUCAUGGCAAGACCAAGUUUGUGACCAAAAAGUGUGCUGCCAGGGAGGUGUGUCACGCUUCAGGCUGUAGACAUCACAGGGACAUGGGUCACACAGAGUGUGUGUCGUGCUGUGAGGGUAUGAUCUGCAACGUGGAGGUCCCCACCAACCACACCAAUGCUGUGUUUGCCAUGAGGCAGCAGGCUUACAACUCAGCCCCACCCCAGGCCCCUGUGAGGACAGCGUGGGGCUGCUGCUGGAUGACAUUACUCAACACCCUGGGCCUGGGGUUGACCAGACUGGUCCUACUGUGACACUGCUGUCCCUCAGAGCAUGUCCCUAUAGAGGGGACCAGACUAUACCAGACCAGCAUGUUCCUCUGAACAUGGAGGAUGUGUGUUGUUACAAGUGUGGUGGUAAUCUGUGUUAAAGAUGUCACAUAGAUCAAUCGAACAAUCACGAAGGACUACAGCAGUGUCCUAAUGAAUGAUGCUUGGUUUGUUAACAUUGGUUUCAUCUACAUAAGCCAAUGGGACUGGAGAAAGCAUCCAUGGAAUCAAUAUAAUUGGACAAAGACCAAUGGUCAGUUGAUCUAUAGAAUUGGAUGUAGCUUGCCAGCUAGUGGAGUUGGCAAGCAGAGGAGUUAGCCGGAAGGGUUCAAGGAGGAUCAUGCCCAUCAUAAGUCUAAUGUCCAUUGCUGAUUCAAAGAUGGAUGCCCAGUGACCGAUCCUUCAAUCAGCCCUGGCCAGAGCCCAAAACUACUAUACGGAGCAUGCCGAAUGAGAGGCUGGAACCUGGAGACUUUAAAUGUUCCACAGAACAUUCCCUAGGAUUAUUCAUGGUCCUGGGAAUGUUAAUCGUGUGUUCUCUGUGGGAUUUUGCAGCACUGCAGUGCACACAUGGCCCAGGAAUGACUGGACACAUAGGCAUGCCCCAUGCCCAUUGGAUCAGGGAGAACUUUGGGAGAUGAUGAUAGACAUGGAAUCUGGCGUAAAUGUAUUAGUACUUGAUCCAUAGUAUGGCACAAAAUGAAAGCAUUUUGCACUUGAAUGUUUUGUUAAGAAAUAUUGUUACUUGUAUUUUUGUUAGCAUAACUUGUGAAUAUCCUUAAAUAAAAUGGAAAGAACUAUACUUUUGGAAAGAUGUACUUUUCUAUAUAUUUAGCUUUUCUCGACAACAUGCCUUAAUGACAUUACAGUGUUACUUUUACCAGAAUGUAUUAUCUCUUUGCAGACGUCCCAUGUCUGUGGCCAUAUGACAACAUGGUGCUCAUUUUGACCGUUAUGUAGUUCCUAGCAUGUGAGACUGAUUCACCAAGCUGUGUGCUGGCCCUGUUUCUGCCGCAUGUUGUGAAGAGGUCUUAUCACAUCUGUUCUUCGAUCUGGAAAUCUCAGAAAAAGAUGGAAUAUGAUAUUUAUUUACAUAAAUAGUUGCAAUGUC